CACCACUUUCAAACGCGCUGCACAGCCGACGACGAUGGCGGCGACGGGCGACGUCCGAUACCAAGGGAUGCUGUGGCUCGCAUGUUCCUUCCUAGUGAUCCUCUUCCUCGACAGCAUCCAAGAAGUCACACUGCUCCAGAAGAUUGUCCUUGUCGUGUGGUGCUUCCUCGGCAAAGUGUACCUCCACGACCUGAACGCGGUGGCGGUCACGCCUGCCAAGUCCCCGUACCCGCUGCAUUCCCCACGUCGCCGGUCGUCACAGAAAGGGCCGUCAAAGCAGCAGGUCAAGGCGAGUCCCAUUGCCGCUCCGAUGCCGCUAAGCAUGAGCAAAUCGGUCUCGCUCGGGUCGUUGAACACGCUGAACCCCCCACCGGACGACCACCCCACCACCAUCAAGCGGUCGCAGACUUCCUCGUCGUUGACCCCUUUGAAUCCUGAACCCAUGAGCAUGCUUGAGCAUUUGCAAGAGCCGUUCAGUCCCCGUACCGACUCGGAAACCGGCUCGUCACCAAAAUCCGACGGCGACUUCCUCGUCGGAGACGACGACGCGUCGCGCUUGGACACGUUUAAGUCCAUGUUGAAUCUCGCCGAUUCCGUCGGGUUGCCGUACACGGACGAGUACCUUCUCAGCGUCAUGGACGUCCCUGGUCGCGCGCUGCAAUACGCGGCCGACAAGCUCAACCGCAUCAUCGCGUGGCGCAACGAGUACAAGGCCCACACGAUCACCCCCGACGAAGUCGCGUCGCAAUUCCAAAACUGCUCCAUGUACUGGUUCGGCUACGAUUUCCACAACCGACCCAUCUUGUGGCUGCGUCCAAAGAAGAAGGACUACGCCAACAUGGACAACGACCUUGAAAUCCGAGCCAACGUGUACAUCCUGGAGCUAGCAAUCAAGAGGUUCAUGCCACCGGGCGUCACUUGCUUCACGCUCAUUUUGGACUGCAAGGACGUCGGGUACCGGGAAGUGGACAUCAGCUUGACCAAGAACCUCGUGCAAGUCACGACGGGCAACUACCCCGACCGCAUCGGAUGCAUUGGCGUCGGCCCCCUCACGAUGCUGGUCAAGACCCUGACGCGCAUCUUCUCGCCGCUUCUGCCGCCGCGGCUGCGCGACAAGGCCAGGUUCAUGGACAACCCGCUGGCCACGCUCUCCGAAGUCAUGCCACUCGACGUCAUCCCGACCUUUAUGGGCGGCACCAACCCCCAUUUCCUCAACGCUGACGACGAAGCCGGCCGCUUUGACUAUGACUUUAUGGUGUCGGAAAUGCAAAGGCGUAUGCGUGCGAUCGUCAUGACAGGAGAACCCACACCCCCCUUGUAGUGUUCAGUACCGAGCCAUCCUUGUACAGUUAGACCCUUUUAUCAUUAUGCUGCGACUGCAAAACCAAUAGAAAUCACACGAGUCGUCGUGUAUGAUGUAUACAUACUAUAAAGGAUGAGAGGUUGACACAUCUACGUGUACGCCGCGCGGUGCCGCUGCAUGUGGUGUGCGAUCCACCCAAGAGUGUCAUGAGCCUGCCGCGUCUUUGCCUCGAGCGCGUCGAGCUGUGCGGCCCACCUGCGAUCCUGCAGCCGACUGAUGUGUCGAGCGACGAACGUGAACAAGGAGCGGUGAUGAGGAAGCACAUCGUUGUCAUCAUCCGCUGCCCCGACUGCUGCCGAUAACGACGACAUGGUGCUAAGAAGAGUUUGGAUUCGAACGCGGUCGAUAAUGGCAGCUGGAAUGCACAUGGAGGUGGUGGCUUGUCGGCGACUGAUCGGUUGAGGGGCAAGUGGUUCCAUUUGGAGGCGGUGAAGAAGACUCAUGGGCACGAGGAUGGACUGUGAUGUCGAUGCGUUCAGGGUGUCCCCGCUGCAGCAAGGUUCGGUCGAUAGUUUCUGCAUUUUCGAGGCCACGAACGAUUGCAGGUUCAUCGUGCAGGCUGCUGCUGUAUGUUGAGACGUAGGAUCGUGUAUCGCAGACGAGGACUUUUCUGAUAGUUCUUCCACGUUGGUUGGUCGGUCGUCACAGGUACCGACAAUAGUAAUCACUGGGGUAGACGAAGGUUGUGAUGUUGCAUGGGGGUUGACUUCUCUUGGUUCGCGCAGAGGCGACGGUGGCGGUUCGAAGCUCUCGUCAGCAUAUUCUUCUUCCGAUGAUUCGACUUCAAACUUGUCCGAGCCAUAUUCAUCUCCACCUUCUACUUCCCUUGGGGCUGCAUCUACCGGCACAUGCGACGCACACGCGACUGCAUCGUCGUCGCUCUCGAACGAUUCGCCGUCGUCC